GCACGGGGCAGGUUGAAUCUAUUGCCCCGAUUUCCUGUCACAUGGUUUGAAAUAGGAUCCCUAGUUUUUCUGCUAUCUGUCUUGAGCGUGAGUGUCUGGGGGCAGCGCUGAUCUGCCCAGAAAGUCGAGACGCUCUUAACGCAGACGCGCCGCGCGAUUCGCCGACACUCGUCUUGCUCGCCGCACCAGACCGGACUCGGAACGCUUCACCUGCGAGGAGAGAGAGGAAGAGAAGGUGUCCAGAUCCCUCACAGCCCGCCACGGAAGAGCGAUGGACUCGUGGAGAGCCGCGGCUCUGCUCCUCGCCGCCUGUCUCGGCGCGUCGGCUUCGGAGCAGUUCCACACGGAGUGUUACACGGCGAACGGAGAGGACUACAGGGGUCGACAGAACCAGACGAGCCUGGAAGGAGGAAGACCGUGCCUCUUCUGGAACGAGACUUUCCAGCAUCCGUACAACACCAUCAAAUACCCCAACGGAGAAGGAGGCCUUGGGCCGCACAACUUCUGCAGGAACCCAGACGGAGAUGUUCGGCCGUGGUGUUAUAUCGCAGAUCUCGAGGACGGAAUCUACUGGAAAUACUGUGAUAUCCCGAGCUGCCAAAUGCCUGGUAACCUGGGCUGUUUUAAGGACAGCGGCGAUCCAACACCUCUAUCCGGAGGCUACCAGACCUCCAACAAGCUCACCAUUCAGAACUGCAUCAGCUUCUGCAGAAACCAAAGAUACAAGCUCGCCGGUUUGGAAUCAGGCUAUGCUUGUUUCUGUGGCAACGACAUCGAUUACCAUCGUCACGGUGACGCUCCGAGCACAGAGUGUAACCAUGUGUGUUUUGGAGAUCAUACUCAGCCAUGCGGAGGCGACGGACGGGUCAUAGUCUUCGACACAAAAGUAGGCGCUUGCGGAGGAAACUACACGUCGCCCUCCGCAGUCAUCUACUCUCCUGACUUCCCGGACAAAUACAAAUCUGGCAGGGUCUGCUACUGGACCAUUCAGGUUCCAGGUGCUUCUGUCAUUCUCUUCAACUUUACUUUCUUCAAUAUCGUGGAUCAGACGGACAUGGUGGAGCUGCUGAACGGUUACUCCAAUCAGGUGCUGGCGCGGUUCGAUGGGCGCAAUCCACCGCGGGACAUCGUGAACGUCACCGCGGACUUCGUCAUUUUGUAUUUUUACUCUGACCGGACGAAUGAGGCGCAAGGAUUUUCUGUUCUUUAUCAUGCUUUCAGAAAUCAAGCCGUCACGCCUCUGGAGGAAGACGAUGAUGGCGAUGAAGGGGACGGCAGCACGGUGCGGCCGAAUGCGGGAAGCACCACCGCAAAAUCGAACACCAGUCAGAACGGAAAGUCCUCCCUCCGGUACUAUGUAAUCACAUCGAGUCCUGCAAACAUGCCAGGUCAGUGGCAUGAACCGGGCCGGACCCCGGACCACAGCACCAUGUGGACCAUCUACGCAUUAGCCGCUCUGCUAACGCUAACAGUCAUAGCCAUGGUGGCUAAGCUGCUCUUGCAUCUUACUGUAAAAUCCCCGUCCAUCCCGACGAUCAGCGGGGCGGAUUCGUGCGCGCAGAGCACCGCGUCCGAACCCUGGAUCAUCUUCUACAGACCUUCCACCAUCUCUCUGUUCAAGAAGAAACUCAAGAACCACCACGGAGACCUCAGCCCUCUCGUGGGGAACUAACCUCGCCGACCUCGGACCUCUACGGCUGCUUUAGCCCCUAAAGGAUGCACACACUGUAUGUAAGCAAUGCUGGUCUUCUGCUGCUGGAUCUGAUCCACUCCUAAUUCACUUCAAAGCGACCAGCGCAGGGCCCACAGCCCGAUGGGUUGUUGGUAAGAAACUGCGCAAAAAGAGCUCGCGCUUGCUCUCGAUUUGCAUCGUAACCAAUCACCGAUCAUGUGACAGGUGCACACAUGCACCGAGCCAUUUGAUUAGCAAAAGAGUGCCGGGAUGCUUCCGAAACGAAUACGGAUAGUCGUUUGUGUAGGCGCUUUCACAGAAGCGAUCUGCCGAUAACGUCCGCAUUAGAGACUCUCGGCGGAGCGCACUGAAAGACAAAACCACUCACGUAACCAAAAUAAUGCCACGGUACCCAAGGAGAUACCAUUCUUUUUAACCUCUAAUGUAGGUCACCUGUUGUUGAGGAGCACAGAGCUCCUUUCUUCAGAUGUAAGAGAGCUGGCUGAACCGGCGGAGGAUUGAUGUCACAAUCAUGUCGAGAGCAAUUCGGACUCAAACGAGACAGUCUCGAGAGAGAGAGAGAGAGAGAGAGAGAGGUGGACGGAGUCUGAAAUUGCUACGAGUUGGGCGAUGUUCAAAACCGGCUGACAUCCCCGCGGACCUCGCUUUCGUCUCUUGUCGUUUGUGUUGGGUUUUGAUCUUUCCGCAUUGCCUUUAAGUGCCUUCAGGACUGAAACGAAAAAAAAAAAUAGAAACUCUUUUGUCUGUCUUCUAAGCUGUCACAACGUCUCGAUGAUGUAAACAAGCAUUGAUCCUUCGGAGCAUUGAAUUGCAAAUGAGAAUAAGCACUAAGGAUGUGUUUUUUUUUGUUGGUUUUUUUAUUCUAGAGAUAAAUGUAGUCCUGUGGGUGUCAUUGGGCUUAUUGUUCUUGUCAGGUUUUCGACUUGAGCAAGAGAAGCAUUGUGAUGAACGUUGUGUAAUUCUGUGUGGGAACAAUCAAACGUCAUCCCUUUUCAUUUCGCUCUCCGACAGAGGCAGUGGUGAAAUUCUUCCCAAAACAAUUUGCUCUUUCUCCCCCUUCACCACAGCUCGAGCUUUCGCAUUCUGAGGCACUUUUCCAGCCGGCGGAAAACCAUGAGGAUCACUGCACUGCUAGCUGCGAGGAUUCGGGGCGCUUGCUAAAAACCGGAAAGGGCCAAAAAGACGGCAUUUACUCCUGACGCGCUUGAAAUGCAAAAUAAGAUAUUUUGAAGAAUGGUUAACUUUAUCCACACACGUCACCGAAAGAGAAAAAAACAAACACUGUGCCUCAUUCAUGAAAUUUUUUUUUGUGUGUGUGCGUGUAAGCUCAUAAAACCGCUCUGACGCGUUCCCAAAAGUGCUUGUAUUUUCAAAAUGUUAAUUACUAUAAAAAAUCCUGCUCCCAAGCAUGCAUAAAAAAUGAACAUUAGUUUCCAGCGUGUUAACGAUGAUUCCGGAAGACUUUACUAAAUUAGUUGUAAAUGAUAAAAAUAAGUGCUUUACAGACAAAGCGUAAGCCUAGUUCUAAAUAAAAUAAAAUAACUUGCACUGACUGAUCUUAAAACAUGUCAGCUCCUAUGUUUUGUCUUAAGAAGCUUGCUUAUAUCCUAAUUGAACUAUGCCCUAAUCCCUAUGAAACCCGGCCUUAUACAAUUAAAAAUUAAAACAAACAUAAGCACAUGACAGCACUUCACUUUAUGUAUAAUGCAUACAAUGCAUAUAAAUAAUAAAUGCAUGGGGUAACAAUUAAUUGCUAAGUGCUGUAAUGUAUUAACUAUGUUUACAAUUAUUCAUGAGAUUGUACUAAAAUGACUUUUAUAUUGCAUUAUAUAUAAAAGCUUUAAGUGUUACCACACAUUUAUACAAUAGAGAGAGUUAUUAGUCUCUUAUUGGUCUGAUUAACCAAAAACAAACCUGGAAUUGAAUGAAAUAUUACGCAGACCCUUCAUAUUUGGUUUGGUAAAAGCUUUUAUGCAUGUUUGACUGAGGUUUUUUCUGCAUUGACACCAGCAGGCGUCACCAGAUUUCGUUUUUUCGAGCUCUGAAAUCAUUUUGAACCAUCACUAGCUGACUUACAUGUUUUACUGUUUAUCUGAGGUUUACAGUGCGUUUCUGAAUUCUGUGUAGAGUUUAUGGAAAUGUCCAUUUUGCAUGCGAACGACCGUUUAUGAACGAGGCCCAUUGCACACUAAACAGAAAAAAAAGUGAGUAAAUGAUGACAGAAAUUGCAGUUCACAGCACUCAGACACAGGCCGACCGUUUUAUAUUCAGUUCUGGGUGUAGUACUUCACGUAGGUUUUAGUAAUAUUGCAAAAAACCUUCAUUUAAAAGGACAUUCACUUGCCGUGUUGGCGGGUACGUCAAUAAUGCCACACUUACUGUCCAAAGCGAUUUAACAUUAACUACAUGAUGCACUUUAUCACUGAAGUACUUAUCCUGCGUGAUGUUUUAUGCACGGCCAAAAGCAUUAUAAGUUUAUAUCUCAGAUUGCAUCGAUAUAUCGCAUAUAUCGAAACAAAUCCGUAUCAGUCGAGCCAAUUCGAGCGCAAAUACCUAGUUUUUCUUUCCUCAAUCCGAACUCUUUUGUCUGUAUUUUGGUCUGCGGCCUGUUAAUUAUUGCAUACUCCUUCGUACCCUUAGCUCUGCGGUGCCCGCGGCUGCCCAUGCAUACUAAAGUGUCACCGGUCACAGAAAGAGGGAGACAAACCCAAAGUGACAGGUUAAAUCUAACAAGGUCAUAUUCGUCUGGAAAGGCUGGUGAAUAAUGCAGAAACCAGGCGUCCAUUUAGAUCGCAAAGCUCAAAUGCCAUAGCACUUUUACCGGUGGAAAAAGUGUUAUAUCCUUCUGCGGUCUAUCACCAUGUCAGCGGGCUUUCCUUCGGAGAAUCCGAGAUAGGAAUCCCUCCACUUUUUGCGAAAGGGUGCUUCCAGGGAUUAUAAAAAAAGAUGUUGUUUUCAUUUAAUUGUACAUAAAAUAGUGAAAAUUUUAAUUUAUGCCAUAAAUUAUUGUUAUUUUGGAUGUAAAAUGGGAUAUAAUCUAUCUUUUGUACAAGUACCUUUGUAGUUUUUAUUUAAUGUGUCCCGAGUGCAAAAAUAAAUAUGCAUGUUUCUUA